AUGCCGCCGUGGCAGCUGGCUCUCUUCGGUGUCGGAGUCGCCUGCGAGACUAUCCCGGGCAUCGUGGGCAACGUCUUCGUCAUCGCCAUCAUACUCAGCAACAGGAUCAUGCGGAACGAGAUCAACAUGUUCAUCCUGAACAUGGCGACGGCCGACCUGAUCGUCGCAGCGGUGCUGCCCAUCACGUUCAUGGUGGGCACGGUGUUCCAGGCUUACGAACUCGGCGAAGGCUGGUGUACGUACGGCGAGAGUGUUAGAUUGACGCUCCUGCUGACGUCAGUAUUCAGCCUGUCAGUGAUCAGCGUUGACCGGCUCUGGGGGCUUCUAAAGCCGUUUCACAAACAGUUCCGUCCCCUCACCACCAAGUUCAUCAUGCUCGCUACAUGGGUGGUGGCCGCUGCGGUGGCCUUCUACCCGUCGCAGCUGACAAAAUAUGGGAUGAGGCAGUACCAUGAUUUCCUAGACAAAUUCUGCGAAGAAGAUUCCGCCAUGAAGAAGUACUGGUGGGUGAUCGCGAUAUGCCUGGUCUGGGUCCCGGCCGGCAUCCUCUUCACCUGCUUCAUACUGAUUUUCAUCAAGCUGCGCCACUUCAACCUCAGCCAAAAGAAGAGCGGACAGCUCCGUUUUGUGCCGCCGGUAGCUCGGUCCCGCGAGCGAGCCGUCACGCUGGUCUUCUCCAUGUUUGUCACUUUUUUUGUCUGCUGGUCGCCAUUUCUCGUGUACGUCGUCAUUUACCAGUACAGAAGAGAAGACCAUAACAGCGAGGUAGGCUAG